UUUCAGAAGGAUUCUCCCAAGAUGCUUUGCUUAUGCAGUGAUGACAGGGUCCAGUCAUGUGGUGUGGUCCAGAUCAUGUGACUGUCUGUCGAGGUGGGUCACAUGACCACCGAUGUCUGUUCCAUUUAGCCGCUUCAAAGACAUGAGAGGUUAUGACGCCUCAACGCCUCCCGCGGCGAAAGUGCGAUAAGGAGAAGGGCUGACCGCGGCCGCACUGGACUCCCCUCACGCUGCAGCUGUCCUGUCUGAUCCUCCGCCAUGAGCUGCUCACAGGUGUCUUCUGAGGUUCACGAGAUUGUGUCAUCAGUGAUCCAGAACCCACCGCCUGAACUGUCUCCUCAGAAAACUCUUCAUUAUGAAGAUGAAGGAGAUGUCAUACAGGCCCUCGAAGUGGAAAGAUUUGAAGAUAUCCUACAAGAUGCUCAUCCUCGAAGCCCAACAGAGCUGGGGAAGAGUUAUAGUGAGGAGGACUUCCAAUACCACCGUCAGUCCUCCCAUCACAUCCACCAUCCUCUGUCUUCCCACCUACCGUCUGAUAUCACCAACCGAGACCUUCGCAAACACAAGAAGAAGAAGAAAAGGCGGAAAAGAACAUCAGUUCCUGGAGAUACCCCCGGCACCAUUCAAGAAAGGGAAGAAGAGGAGGAAGAGGACACCGAGGGGGAGAGAACCCCAGAUGAAGGGACCGACACUGGGGAUAUGCAGUUCUUCCCAGUGGAGGAGGAUAUCCCUCAGCGAAAAUCUGGCGUUGUGCCAUCAGUAGAUGCUGGCAGUAAAGAGCAGAGAUCUGAGGCAUUGAGACAAGAGCAGGGAACAUGCACUUCCCCAACUGUAGAGGUCACCAGCUCUGCACGCCCUCCUCAUCGGCAGCUUCCCCAUCGCAGCUACAGCCUUACAGAGCGCCGUAGGAUUGGCAGUAUGACCCAUCCUGAGGAUGCCCACUACCACCUUGUACCGACUGAUGAGACUGAGGCUCAGACCUUGGCAUCGGCUGACCUGGACUACAUGAAGAGUCAUCGUUUUGAGGACCUCCCAGCUGUACGUAGACAUCUUGUUCGAAAGAGCAAAGGUCAAGUGGUUCACAUCAAUAAAGAGCAUAAAGAGAGGCAACCAUAUAGGAAAAGCGUAUCCCUGCAACCCCAUGAGGUGUUCGUGGAGCUAAAUGAGUUAGUUCUGGACAAGCACCAGGAGAUGCAGUGGAAAGAAACUGCUCGCUGGAUAAAAUUUGAGGAGGACGUUGAAGCUGAAACAGACCAAUGGGGAAAGCCACAUGUGGCCUCUUUGAGUUUCCGCAGCCUUUUGGAGCUCCGGCGAACGUUGUCACAUGGUGCUGUUCUUCUAGACUUGGAUCAGAGAACUCUGCCAGGAAUCGCUCAUCAGGUUGUGGAACAGAUGAUCAUCAGUGACCAGAUAAAGGCGGAGGACAGAGCCAACGUGCUGAGAGCCUUACUCCUAAAGCACAGUCACCCAAGCGACGAGAAGGACUCGUUCUCUAGGAACAUUUCGGCUGCCAGCCUGGGCUCUCUGCUGGGACAUCACAGCACUAACCAUAUCUCUCAGAACAGUGAACCCAACCUAACAGACCCCCUAAUGGGUGGAGACCCCUCUGAACAGGAGACCAAGAUCGACAUAGAUCGUGAGCGGGAAUCUCUUCCUUCAUUACCCACAAUCCAACGCUCAAAGUCUAAACAUGAACUGAAGCUUCUAGAGAAGAUCCCUGAGAAUGCGGAGGCCAGCGUGGUGCUCGUGGGUUGUGUAGAAUUCCUUGACCAGCCGACCAUGGCAUUUGUGCGGCUGCAGGAGGCGGUGGAGUUGGACUCAGUCCUGGAGGUUCCCAUACCUGUGCGAUUCCUGUUUGUCCUACUUGGUCCAAGCACGGUCAAUAUGGACUAUCAUGAGAUCGGGAGGUCCAUCUCUACACUCAUGUCAGAUAAGUCCUUCCACGAAGCGGCUUACCUCGCUGAUGACCGCCAGGAUCUCCUGAAUGCCAUCAAUGAGUUCCUAGACUGCAGUGUUGUUCUUCCUCCUUCUGAGGUGAUGGGAGAAGAGCUACUGCAUUCUGUGGCCUUAUUCCAACGAGAAAUGCUGAGACGACGCCAAGGCCAGGAGAAGAAGGUUGUGGAGGAGACAGUCACCCCACAAGAUAAAGCUCUUCUGACAAAAGCAGCAGUGUCAGAUGAUGGUGGGGAUGAUCCUCUACGCAGGACGGGCAAACCAUUUGGAGGUCUUGUGCGAGAUAUACAGCGGCGUUAUCCAAAAUACGCAAGUGAUUUUCGUGAUGCAUUGAAUGCACAGUGCAUGGCCGCGGUCAUUUUCAUCUAUUUUGCAGCCCUGUCACCUGCUAUCACAUUUGGGGGCCUCCUGGGUGAGAAGACGGGGGGCCUGAUUGGAGUGUCAGAACUGAUCAUUGGGACAUGUUUGCAGGGUGUGAUAUUCUGUCUCCUCGGGGCGCAGCCACUACUGAUCGUUGGAUUUUCAGGACCUCUCUUGGUGUUUGAAGAAGCCUUUUAUUCGUUUUGUUCGGCUAAUGGUCUGGAGUACCUGGUUGGCCGCGUGUGGAUCGGUGUUUGGCUUAUCGUGAUCGUCGUGGCCACUGUGGCCUGUGAAGGAAGCUUCUUGGUUCGCUAUGUCUCCCGCUUCACGCAGGAAAUCUUCUCUAUCCUGAUCUCACUCAUCUUCAUCUAUGAGACUUUCUACAAACUGUUCAAGGUCUUCCAGGAGCAUCCUCUGACUAACUGCAGGAAUCUGACAGUCUCUGAGCUCCUUAAUAUGACUGAUCUCCUGCAACACAAUGAGACAGAGAUGGAAGUGACCCCAAAAAUCACAGGACAACCCAACACCGCGCUCCUGUCACUGGUACUGAUGGCGGGCACCUUCUUCAUCGCCUUCUUCCUGAGGAAGCUGAAGAACAGCAACUUCUUUCCUGGAAGGGUUCGCCGUAUCAUCGGAGACUUCGGGGUUCCCAUUGCUAUUCUUAUCAUGGUCUUGGUGGACUUCAGUAUAACAGAUACUUACACUCAGAAACUGAGUGUCCCCAAUGGAUUCAAGGUGACUUCGCCGGAGAAGAGGGGCUGGGUGAUGAACCCUCUGGGGUCUGCGGAGCCCUUUCCCAUCUGGAUGAUGUUUGCCAGUGUUCUUCCAGCUAUUCUGGUCUAUAUCCUGAUCUUCAUGGAGACUCAGAUCACUACGUUAAUAAUAAGUAAGAAGGAGCGGAUGCUGGUAAAGGGCUCGGGGUUUCAUCUUGAUUUACUCCUCAUCGUGGUCAUGGGUGGAAUAUGUGCCCUUUUUGGCUUGCCGUGGAUGGCGGCUACAACUGUGCGCUCAGUCACACAUGCCAAUGCGUUAACAGUUAUGAGUAAGGCCGUCGCCCCUGGUGAUAAACCAAAAAUUCAAGAGGUCAAAGAGCAGAGAGUGACAGGAUUGCUGGUGGCCAUCCUCGUAGGCCUUUCCAUUGUGAUUGGGGAUCUUCUACGAAAGAUCCCAUUGGCUGUGCUGUUUGGGAUCUUCUUGUACAUGGGGGUCACCUCACUUAAUGGCAUCCAGUUCUACGAGCGCGUCCAACUCUUACUGAAACCCCCAAAGCAUCACCCUGAUGAGAUCUAUGCCAAGAAGGUACGCUCACUCAGGAUGCAUCUCUUCACUGCCCUGCAACUGGUGUGUCUAGCCAUCCUGUGGGCUGUUAUGUCUACUGCGGCGUCUCUCGCCUUCCCCUUCAUCCUUAUUCUGACAGUUCCUCUGAGGCUCUUCAUACUGAGGAGAAUCUUCACUGACCGGGAAUUAAAAUGCUUGGACGCGGAUGAUGUGCAGCCAAUUUUCGAUGAACAGGAGGGGGUAGACGAAUACAAUGAGAUGCCAAUGCCGGUGUAAAUGUUUCCUGUGUCUUGGAUACGUUGGUCUUAGCCAGAACAGCUCAGCAGCCCCUUCUUGGUUGACACACCCAUGGAAUUUUUCUACACUCAACUAUAGAAGCGACUUCUGGAGGGUGGGUUGUGCUCCUAGGAGGUGGAGCAUAGAUUCCACUCUGCAGAGCUGGCGCUUCUGUAGAUAGACAUUACACGUGAUUGACAGCUCUUAGGGACAUCACUGUUACAUUAUUCUGGACUUGUGAAGCAGCCAUCCUCCCUGGAUAUUAAUUGGUUCUAGGGUGGAAAUAUUUGUCUUUUGUGAGGAUACAGCUCUCUGAGAGGCAAUCAUAUGUUUGGGGAGGACAAUAUAUUGGCAGUGGGGUCAGUAGGCUGAUACUCAGUAUUAUUACACAAGAGGGGGAGUGAGCACCCACCAUCGAAGACAAUUCAAUACUGCCUCCCCCCCCCAAGAAGCAGAAUGCUAGCACUGACAUCGGGCAAUGAGCCACAAACAUGAUGCCACUGGUUUGGGACCACAAGCUGGAAGGUCCCCAUAGAAUGUAUUACUUAUCCGGACAAUCACAGCUCCCUGUGUGUUACCUUUGUAUUACCCCCACCUCAUGUGUGUGCGUACUGAAUCCUUCUGUGGCAGAUAAAACAGUCAGUCUAUAAAGUAGAAGUAUUCACAUAAUUUCAUCUGUGAAAAAUAGAUAAUAAAUAGUAAAUUUACAUGUCUGAAAAAGUUGAAAAUAUGUGACGAGAAACCUACUAUCCCCGCCCGGGGCAGGGCAAGGAGCUAAAUGCUCCUAAACCGAACACCAAGGUAUCAAUGUUACAAUCUGCGGCAGGUAUUGUAUCGUGAUCAUAUAGCUACGCCCUUCUAGCAACUACAGGUGCAUUGUGGGAGAGUAUUCCUAGCCGAGAAGAGAGCACUAUAAUACAGGUAGAGGACGGUACGGUAUACAAUCAUGGCCAUAAAUGUUGGCACCCCUGACAUUUUUCUAGAAAAUGUAUUUCUCACAGGAAAGGAUUGCAGUAACACGUUUUGCUAUACACACCUUUAUUCCCUUUGUAUUGGAACUAAACCAAAAAAAGGAGGAAAAGAAGCAAAUUGGACAUAAUGGGGGACAUUUAUCAUCGUUGCUAUGGUAAACAAGUUCUGUAGGCAUUUUUUUCUUGCUUCUGGCUUUGCUUAUGUGUGACACAUUUAUUAUACUAUCAUGGUGGGUUGAUAAAUUUGGCUUACAUAAGCAAAAACCAAUAAAUCACUUUUGAAUACCAUAUUUUUUUUUAGCAUACAUAAGCAAAAAACAAUAAAUGACUUCAGAACACAACAAGGUGUGAUAUAUAUAUGUUUUUUUUUUUACCUUUCCCCCCCCCUUCCUUUGUACAGUUGUAAUAUAUUUCCCGCUGGAGCUGUGAUCUCGGCUGCGCGCGGGAAAUAAAAAAUUUGCUCUCAGAAGCCGUUCUGUGCGCCGGCUCCGGGCUGACUUACAUUUACACAGUUUUUGAGGGCUUGCAACUUUUUGUGCGACUUUCGCACUUGAUAAAUCCCUGACCACUGCCAAGUAACAAAUAUAAUUGACUUUCGUACGCUCUUUUGUAGCUUUUUGCUUACAGCCAAAAGUCGCACAAAAAAUUGCUUAAGUGCUAAUGCGACU